AUGGACGAGUCCUACUCGAACGUGAAACAAACACCGGAGAACCUCGACGACCCUCCCAAUAGCCGCCUGUUCCUGGUGACCAGCCGCACCGUCACCGAAGAUGAGCUUCGAGACCGCUUCUCCGUGUUUGGCGACAUUCAGGGCAUUUGGGUCGUUAAAGACAAGCAGACGAAGGAGUCUAAAGGCAUUUGUUACGUCAAGUUCGCCAAAUCGUCUCAGGCCUGCCGGGCAAUGGAAGAAAUGCACGGAAAGGUCCUUCUCGACGGGAAAAAACCACUCAAGGUUUUUAUCGCCCAGUCGCGGUCGUCCUCCAGCCACCGAGACGUGGAGGAUGAGGACCUGACCAGGAUCUUUGUCAUGAUCCCCAAAUCCUUCUCUGAGGAUGACCUGAAGAACACCUUUAAGGAAUAUGGUGACAUUGAAUAUUGCAUCAUUGUCAAGAACAAAGUGACAGGGGAGAGUAAAGGUUUGGGCUAUGUGAGGUACUACAGACCCUCGCAAGCAGCCCUGGCUAUUGAGAACUGUGACAAAUCUUACAGGGCCAUUCUGGCGGAACCUCGCACCAAAGCCGCAGCCACGGAAGACCCCAACAGCAGCAUGGGGACCAGGAGCGAAUACAUGGGCAGCGCCGACUCCAUGGCCUUGUUCCCUUACAACAUGGCUGCACCGGCUGAAUCCGUCAACUACCAAAUGAUGGACUACCACGGCGCCGACUUGAGCCACUGCCUGCUGGCGACGACCCGCGCCGCCCUCAGCCAGGAGCAAUUUUUUGCUCUGUUUGACAUCAUUCCGGGGAUGGAAUACUGCAAGCAACAGCGGGACGUUUAUGGGACAAGCAAAGGUCACGCUAUAGUCCGCUACAGCAACCUGGGAUCGGCAUUAUAUGCAAAGGACAAACUGAACGGAUUUGAAUAUCCACCAGGAAACAGACUGGUUGUUGACUUUAUGGAUGACGGAGAAGAUUGCAGCGGUUCAGUAGGUAGGAUGGCUAUGCAGUUUGUGGCCAUCCAGAUGUUGCCAUCAGUAUGGAAUGGACCCUCCAACAACCAAGCCGUCAAACAUCCUACCUCUUCUCACCCGGGAUUCAGUGGGCCUCCAGGCCCCCGGAUCCAAACAGACGUGAGCCUGCCACCCAUCAAGAAGCUGGCGCCCGCUGACAGCUUGUGCAAGGAGCGCUUGUUUGUGGUGUUCAGCCCAGCCCCCUUGCCCAUCGAUGUGCUGGAGAACGUUUAUGGCCGUUUUGGAUCCCUGAUAGAGGUCUUCUUGGUGGCAGGCAGGAAAGUUGGAUACGUGAAGUAUGCAGAAAAGCAGUGCGCAGAUGAUGCAAUGGCAGCGCUCCACGGUUGCGUGGUCAACGGCGUGAAGAUGAAGGUGAUGCUUGCCGAUCCUCCCAAGGAAGAAUCGCACAAAAGGCUUCGCACGUACUAG